AUGACGAAUGAACAGAGAGUGAAGCGCUUAGCGUCAGAUAUUCUGAAUUGUGGAAAGUCGAAGAUAUGGCUAGACAUCAACGAGGUGGAAAGACUGAAUCAGGUGUCUACAAGGGACCAGGUCCGACAGUUGAUUAAGGACAAUGUGAUAAUUAUGAAGUUGGACAAGCAUAAUAGUCGCGGAAGGUUCAGAAUAAGGAUGGCAGCAAAAAAGAAGGGUAGGCAUAUGGGAAUUGGAAAGAGGGUUGGAACAGCAAAUGCCAGGAUGCCGAAGAAGGAUUUGUGGAUGAAGAAGAUCAGGGCGAUGAGAGCGAUGCUGAAGGAGAUGCGAGCAGAGGGCACGAUAAGCAAAGAAGAGUUCAGAGUAUUUUACAUGCAGGCGAAGGGAAAUCUGUUUAAGCACAGGUUCUACAUGAGGGACUACAUUAUGAAGAAGAAGGGCGAGGAGGAGAGAGCAAGGGAGCUCACAGGGCAAGCUGAAGCCUUGAGCAUAUCGAAUAACAAUGCGGUUUCAUCUUAA